AUGGUGACAAAGCGGAUUAGGUCGGAAUACAUGAAGAAGUUCAAGGAUCCUAAAUGGGAAACAUACGCAAAAUGUUAUGAGGAAUUGCUGAAAUACAGACUAACGCGAAGACUGUUAGAGCAAACCCACAAUCCUUGGUUUUGGGAAGGAGGCGGCAGUGACACGGAGUCAAGCGGUAAAUCAACUCCUCUCGGUAGGAAUAAGGUUGAACCUUUGAGGUCCAAGGACGACACACCUCCACGACAUGCCAAGGAGACUGAAUCACCAGCAGGAAUACCGAACACUGCACCCGAAGUAAAUGCAGGCGAGCGCGAGGUGGAGGUCGCAGCUCCGGCAACAUGUUCAGUCAUAGCUCCUGAAGGUCCUGAGCCAGAUAACCAGGAGAGGGGAGAGGAGACAAACAGAGAGGAGCCAUUAAUCACUGACCCAGAGACCGAGCCCAGUUCCCAGAGCAAGCCAAAGAGUAAACCUCGCCAUUCCCGAAAGCCAAGCAGACUAAAGGCCCAUGUUCAUACAAUCAAGGACACUGACAAAGAGAACAGACAUCCCUUUGCCUUGUAUGGUUCAGGUGAAAGACAGGCAGACAUGGCGUCUAAAAAGACCCACAAUGUAUGCCCAGCUGCAUCUACCAGUGAGAUACAUGAGUCGGCAUUGCGUGCAAAAACCAGAAGAGAGGUGGAGAAGCAGAUGAAGAGAACUGAUAAAAGACAGCCACGGUCUGUCGACCGAGAGAAAAUGAAUAGGACCAAGCUUGUUUCAGAGUAUGACCCCUGGAUGACUGAAUAUAUGCGCUGCUUUUCAGCCAGGUCUGAGUGA